AUGCUGGCGAUUUCCUCUGUUUCAUCAAGAAAUCCAGACGAACAAAAUUACAAACUGGAUAAAUCCAAUUCUCUGAGAAAUUAUACACAAAAUAAGCAACCUGCUACUAGUUCUACUCCUGAACCCGAAAACACAACUCAAGUACCCCAGCCCCAGUUUUCAAUAUCAACACAGGCCUUUAAUAUGUUCCUGGUCAGAUCUAUUGAAAAAAUAGCUAAUGAACGGGAAACCCGUAAAUCUCACAAUUCAGCUGUCAAAAAGGCCUGUGAAGAAGCCCUUGUAUUACUAAAAGAUCAACCACAGGUGUUAGGGAACAACAAGUUGUCUCCACCGAAUGAGUCUAGUACGCAUUUGCCUCCUCUCAAGUCAGACUGUGGUAUAUUGUUAAGUGAUGAGCGACUUCUCCGCCCUUUCCAGUUGGCUUGCACAAUGAAAUCACCAAAAAUUGUCAGCACGGCAAUUGAUUCAUUACAAAAGUUAAUUGCUUAUGGACAUAUUUCAAACACAGCUGUUUGCUCCUCUGGAAAAGUUCGCAUAAUUGAACAGGUUGUAACAACAAUUUGUUCAUGUUUUCAAGGUGUACAAACAGAUGAUGGGAUUCAGUUGCAAAUUUUGAAAGCACUUUUAACAGUAAUAACGAGUUCAGUCGUAGAAAUUCAUGAGGCUGAUAUCCUUCUGGUUGUAAGAACUUGCUAUAAUAUUUUUAUGGCAACGAAAAAUCCAAUUAAUCAAGCAACAGCACGUGCAACUCUCACCCAGAUAAUUAGUGUAUUAUUUCAGCGGAUGGAACAAAAUGCAUUUGAAGCUGCAGUUGCAAUGAGUUCAAAUGUUUGCAUCCCAUCUGAUUUGAAUUCUACUGAUAAUCUCAAAAAUGGUGAAGAGUUAUCUACAAAAAGUUUACCACAAAUAUCUGAAAAUAAUGAGGAAGGACAAAAUGGCGAGAAAUUAUUGAACGGUGAUGCCUACGCGGACAGUUGCGUUUCUCUUCCUUCUGCUGGUGACGAUGAUGAUGCUGAUAUACCUAUGAAAAGAAAAGACAAUACUUCCAAAUCAGAAGUGUGUAAAAUUGUCGCGGAUAUUCUAGAAGAAAUAAUAGAAAAAGUUAUGUUAGAUAAUGAUGAGGGUGAUGAUAAGGAUUCUUCAACAACAACAUCAGUUCAUUUACCGAAUUCCGAGUCCCUACCUGAUAUAAGGAAGUCCUCUGUACCUUCUCUGUCUCGUUCUUCUUCUUCGUCUCUUUCAGUAUCUAUCAAUACAAGCAUAAACCAAGAAUGGCCAACUGGUGUUACUCCAGUCGGCGCUGACGUUAUUGCAACUGAGGCGGAUUCAAAAGAUCCUAAUGGUGUAUCGAUAAUGGAAAGUAACUCCGAGGUUGUCAAUUCAGCGCAUAUCACACAAAAAGAUGCAUUUCUUGUUUUUCGUAGUUUGUGUCGUCUAGCGGUGAAAGAUUUUACUGGCUCUGAUUCAAGUGAUGCAAAAUCGCAUGCGGUCCGUUCGAAAUCCUUAUCACUACAGCUACUACUGAGUUUACUACAACAACCUGGCCCAUUGUUUUCAACUAGUGAAAUAUUUAUAGCUGCUAUUAAACAAUACUUGUGUGUAGCUUUGUUUAAAAACGGCACUUCACCAAUUGUAGAAGUAUUUGAGUUGUCUGUUGCUAUUUUUCUUGCCCUGCUGACGUAUUUUAAGCCACAUUUAAAACGUCAAAUUGAAGUGUUCUUCAAAGAUGUGCUCCUACUAAUCCUAGAAUCACCAAAAUCAUCAUAUGGACACAAGCUAGUUGUUAUAGAUGCACUAAAGCGUAUAUGUGGUGAUGCGCAAUGCUUAGUUGAUAUUUACCUUAACUAUGAUUGUGAUCUAAGCAUGGUCAAUAUAUUUGAAAGAUUGACGACUAAUCUUGCUAAAAUAGCUCAAGGACGUCAUGUUACGACAGAAUAUGGUAAUCAUAAUGCGUCAUCAUCUAGUCAAUUACAACAGCAACAAGUUUUGCGGUCGAGUGGUUUAGAGUGUCUUGUACUAAUUUUACGCUGCAUGACCGAAUGGUCGCAGGAGUUGUACGUCAAUCCAGAAUCUCAAUCGUUUUUGGGUUCCGAACCAACAGUGUUAGCAAACAGUGGAAACAGUAUUAAUUCAGUAGAAAAUCCCAACUUGGACCCCAAUCCUAAUAUGCAUCUAUUGGGUGUAAAUAAACCAUGUGAUGAUCCGGAGGCAUUUGAAUCUCGUAAGGCGAAAAAAGAAAUCUAUGAAUCUGGAAUAGCAUUAUUCAAUCAAAAUCAGUCAUUGCGUUGUAUAAGAUUGCUUCAAGAGAAUGGAUUGAUUGGAGAGUCCAUUGAGUCAGUAGCACAAUUUCUUUUAACUGAAGAACGUUUAUCAAAAUCACGUGUGGGUGAUUUUCUUGGUGAAAAUGAACCGUACAACUUGCGUGUUAUGUAUGCUUAUGUAGAUCAAUUCGAUUUCACUGACAAAAGUUUUGUUCCAGCUCUGAGAGAAUUCUUGUCAGAAUUCCGUUUACCUGGUGAAGCACAAAAAAUUGAUCGACUUAUGGAGAAAUUUGCGGCGCGUUAUUAUGCUUGUAAUCCGAGUAAUGAUUUGUUUGUCUCAGCAGAUACUGCUUAUGUUUUGGCUUUCUCAAUUAUCAUGCUCACAACUGAUUUACAUAGUUCCCAAAUUAAAGCACAUCAUCGUAUGAGUAAAGAUGAUUAUAUACGUAUAAAUCGUGGUAUUAAUGAUAGUCAAGACUUACCUGAAUCUUAUUUGGCCCAAAUUUAUGAUGAAAUUGCAAAUGCUGGAUUAAAAUUAAGAGCAGAGGACGAUGUGAUUAAACUAAGUCAAGGUUUUGCAUCUAAUGAACUUAGUUCUAAACUAGAUGGUCGACGGCAAGCAGGUGAUAGUGAAGUUCUAGGUGAUCCUGCCAUAUCCAGCCCAUCUGAGUUUACUUGUGCAACUCACUGUGAACAUGUUCGACCAAUGUUCAAAUUGGCGUGGACUCCUUUUCUGGCUGCUUUUAGUGUCGGAUUGCAGGACUGUGACGCUUUGGACGUUAAUCAUUUAUGUUUAGAAGGGAUUCGCUAUGCUAUACGUAUAGCAUGUAUAUUUCAUAUGGAGUUAGAAAGAGAUGCUUAUGUACAAGCAUUGGCACGUUUUACACUAUUACUAACAACUUCUCAUGUCAAUCCUUCUUCCAAUGGUAACUUAUCAGGCCCUGGUGGAAUCAAUCAUCAAAAUGCGAAUUCUCGACGUCCUCGGUCAGAAAGAACUAGUAUGACUUCUUCAUCUAUAAUGAAUGCUGGUUAUUCGAAUACAUCAGGCUUAAAUUUGAUCAAUCCAACUUUAUCUACUCCAGAGGCUAUGAAACAAAAGAAUAUCGAUACAAUACGUACUUUAAUUACUGUCGCUCAGACGGAUGGUAAUUAUUUGGGACAUGCCUGGUUAGAGAUAUUACGAUGUAUAUCACAAUUGGAAUCAGCACAUUUAAUUACACAUGCUGUUUCAUCUGCGAAUGGAAUAAAUGCAAAUAGUUCACAAUUAGUAUAUCGUUCAACACCGAAUAACUCAUACACCAAUUCUUACAGUCAAAAUACGAAUGGAACGGUUGGUGGUGGUGGUGGUGGUAGUUCACUGAUGUCAGAAGGCGGUUCUACGAAGGUGAACAACAUAGUAUCAUCGACUUCAUCAAUUACUUCAAACCACAUUAUGACAUCAAACACAAAUGAACCUGUAGCACCUGGGAGUUUAGCUGCAGCUGUUGUAGAUUCUAAAAAGGCUGCUGUUCUACAGGAAGUGAUGGGUGAAACUGGGUCACAAAGUGUUGUUGUUGCGGUAGACAAAAUAUUCACUGGAUCCAUUCGUUUGGAUGGUGAUGCAAUUGUGGAAUUUGUGAAAGCUUUAUGUCAGGUCAGUCAAGAAGAGUUAAAUCUUCCUCAACCAAGAACAUUUUCUUUGCAGAAAGUUGUCGAAAUUUCUUAUUACAAUAUGGGUCGUAUUCGAUUACAGUGGUCACGUAUAUGGGAACAUAUCGGUAGUCAUUUCACUACAGCUGGUCGAUCAGUCGACGAGGAUGUUGCUGAAUUUGUAAUUGACUCUUUACGACAGUUAUCUGUAAAAUUAAUCGAAAAGGGUGAAUUGCCUAAUUUUCACUUUCAGAAAGAAUUCCUACGUCCUUUUGUGAAUAUUCUGGAAGGCGAACCAAAUGUCAGUCAUAAAGUUCAAGAUAUGGUUGUUCGUUGUGUUUAUCAAUUAGUGCAUUCACAAUAUGCAAAUAUACGAUCUGGAUGGACUAAUAUAUUUGCUGUCUUUCAUUCAGUAGCUUCAUCUUUAGAUGAAGGAAUUGUUGAUAUGGCAUUUGAAACUUGUCAUUUUACUGUAAAAGAUGUUUUUAAAGAUCACUUACAUAUUGUUGUGGAUGCUUUCCAGCCUUUAGUAAAGGCACUUGCUGAAUUCUCGUGCAAUCCACGUUUUCCCGAUACAGCUAUGGAAAGUAUUCGCUUGAUUCGUAUUUGCGCACGAACGGUAGCAGAACAAGGAUCAGUGUUUACUGGUUUACAAAACUCAGAAAUAGUUGCAAGUAACUCAGCUGAGUCUCCUAGUUGUGAAUCAAACCAUUUGUUUCGUGUAAUAAAUGGUUGUAAACUGGAUGUACGUACACGUGGUCUUACUGUAUUUUUCGAUAUAUUAAAGUCACAUGGGAACCAGUUUAAACCGUUAUGGUGGCGUGAAACAUUUUCUGUUAUCUUCCGAGUUUUUCAGCAUUUCCGUAUCCCUUCAGUAUCAUCAGAAUUUAACAAUGCUACAAUUAACGUGGAAUCAGAUAAUACUGCUAAUCACCUGCCUGCAUUGUCAUUAGCCUCUGCGUCUGAUAGUCAGUCGACUAUUAACGGCAUGCAUCAUCAGACUCUGUCAAAUAUGGAACGUACUGAAUGGAUGAAUACAACUUGCAAUCAUACAUUAUUUUCUGUUGUGGAUAUAUUCACUCAGUACUAUGACGUGUUGCAUGAUAUAUUGUUAGAUGAUAUAUAUCAGCAAUUACGUUGGUGUUGCUUACAAGAACAUGAACAAUUGGCUCGUUCUGGGACUAGUUGUUUAGAAACACUAAUUCUAUCUAACGGUAAAAGAUUCAACGAUAAAAUUUGGGAGUCAACAGUAAAUCUAAUUGUGGAUCUUUUCAAAUCAACUGUACCGCAUCAGUUAUUAACAUGGCGCCCGGAACAAAUGCCACUUGAAAUUAAUGAUCAAAGUAUAACCUCAUAUAUGAAUGGAAAUCAACAACGUUUGCCUGGUCAUAUUGCUAGAGCACACUUAUUUGCCGACUUAUUAAAUAAAUGUGUAGUACAAUAUGAAUUAAUACAAACAGUGGAUCAUAUUUUAUUUUAUUCAGCGCAUAGUCGAAAUGAAGAUAUUCAUUAUUUGCAUGAAGCACGUCGAUUAGCCGCUGCAUCUUAUCCAGCAUUUGAAGCUGCUUUACAAGUAGCUACAUCAACAACAAAUCAACCAUUGUUUUCAACAUCAUCAUCAUCAUCAUCAUUUCUUACCAAAGACAACAAUACAACUGGCAGUAAAAUAUCAGUUGAUAUCAUAAAUCAUGAUUCUGGUUCAAAUAAGAGCUUAAAUAAAGAUGAUAUGAAUAUUACAAGUUCCUCUGAAAAUCCCUCAACUUAG